AUGAAGCUGUCUCUUGUCUUCAGCGUGCUCGCAUCCAUCGUGGUUCUUGCUACAGCGUACCCCACGCAAGGAGCCGCUGGCAUCGCGAAACGUUCUUCUGAUGUUGAGAAGCGCAACCUAGAGGAACUUGACGUCAACGACUCUGACUAUACCUACAAGAAGUACAAGAGGAAUGAGGGGAAGCGCGACUCAUAG